AUUAGCGCAAACUUGUUAUGGGAAGAAUGCAUAAUUUCUUGCAGCAUUUAUGUGUAGUGUGUGAUUAGUGUUGCUUUCAUUCAGCCUUGUUGAAAUCAGCCAUUCAGUGGGUGCCGACCUCUUGGUGGAAGACUAAAUGAUGGAACACCAAUUACAGCAAUUGCCAGCUGUAAAUUUCUGCCUGUCUAACGGCUGAUCUGUGAAUAUAUGAGAAGGACCUCCAAAUGCCACACUGCAGUGGAAGAGGAGGACAGUGCUUGGCAAUUGCAGAAAAGAGUUCUUCGGUAAUAAGAAGGUUGCAAAUGUGUGAAGAAUGGAAGAAGGAAUUUCAAGAUGAAGGAAAAAUUCCCCAGUGUUACGGGAAAGUAUCUGUUGACGACAUGCACUGUAAAAAUUGAUGGAACUUCCUUAAUGAAACCAACUGGGAUUUUGAGUUCUUGCUUAAAACCUGAAUCAAGAAUUGGAAUGCAAAUUUAGCUAUUUUAAUAAUUGCAUUUCUUCCUCUAGGAUUGUCUUUUUGCAUGUGAGUUGUGUAGCUGGUCUCAACUCACUGCUACUGAGAAGAAGCAGAGAAGUGUUCUGUGUAUCAAAAAUGCUACUGUUGCUGCAGUUGUGUGCUUAAGGGUGCAUAUUAUUUUGUAGGCUCACCAAGACUGUCAUUCUUUGCAUCUGAGAAAUCAUUAAUACAAACUUAAGAACUGACUGCAGUUCCUCCAAGUACCUUUUCUUGUGUUUGGAUGGAAGAGGAAUAUAAGUAACCAUUAUUUAUCUCCCAGUUUUAUAAUUUCAUGCAACUUUUUAUGCUUCUUUUUACUUUACUACUUUUUCAAUGCUAUUGAGACACUCUGAGCAGCACAGGCAACAGGAAGAAAAUUUGAGGUGCCAUUAUAUGAAAAAAGUGAAAAAGACACAAAAUGUCACAACGUGGAUAUUUAAGAGAAGGACAAGAAAACCAUUACCGAAUUCUGCGCAGAGUAAUCAGUGUUCUCCACAAUGCUUCCUCAGCAGUGUUGCGAUCUCUGUCGAAGAGGCAUGGGCGACACCCACGCCGCACCUGGUCUGAUGAAAUCAUGCAUCAAGAUAUCGUUCCCCUCUGUGCUACAGAUAUUGAGGAUCAGCUAAGGAAGAAGUUUGCCUAUCUAUCCGGUGGGCGAGGGAAAGAUGGCUGUCCGGUCAUUACUUUUCCAGAAUAUUCAGCUUUCAGUGAAAUUCCAGAAAAGGAUUUUCAGAGUGUUCUGACAUACCUCACUAAUAUCCCAAGUGCACAAGAUGCUGGAAUUGGAUUUAUACUUGUCAUAGACCGCAGGCAAGACAAAUGGACUUCAGUGCAAGCCUCUAUACUGCGAAUUGCGGCAUCAUUCCCUGGAAACUUGCAGCUAGUUCUGGUAAUGCGCCCAACCGGAUUCUUCCACAAAACUCUUCUGGAUAUUGCAUUCAAGUUCCAUAGAGAUGAGUAUAAGAUGAAGAUCAUAAUGCUGAGCUCACUAACAGAAUUAAAUAGCUACAUUGACAAAACACAGCUAACAGAGGAUCUUGGUGGCACGCUGGAAUACUGCCACAACAGGUGGCUGUCUCAUCGCACUGCUAUAGAAAACUUUGCUCUAAUGGUUAAGCAUACAGCUCAAAUACUUCGGUCCUUUGGAACUGAGCUGGCAGAAACAGAGCUACCAAAUGAUGUACAGUCUACCAGUUCCCUCCUUGCAGUACAUACUGAAAGAAAGGACAAAAUGAAGGAGGAUCUCAGGCUAGCAUUAAUACAAGGUGGCGAUAUUCUCAAAAGUAUUAAAAAACCAGUUCUUGAAAACCCAGAAUUCAAAAUGAAUCCAGAUCAACUUGAAAAUCAAAUCACUGUGGAAAGGCUUUUAGCUCAGCUAGAUGAAACAGAAACAGCCUUUGAUGAUUUUUGGUCUAAACACCAACAGAAGCUUGAGCAGUGCUUACAACUUAGGCAUUUUGAAUUGCAUUACAAGGAGGUUAAAGCAGCACUAAAUAUUGCAUCCGAGAGGCUUACUGGUUUCACAGAAGUAGGAAAUAGCUGUUCGCACGUAGAGCACAUUCUAAAAGAAAUUUCCCACUUUCAAAAAAAGUUGCAUGAUGUUUUAGAAAAGGCGAAUAUGCUAAUUUCCGAAGGCAGACAGUUAAUACAAAACAAUCAUUAUGCUGUGGACUCUAUUCUCCCAAAGUGCAAUGAACUUCAGCAUCACUGUGAAGCACUUAGUGUUGAAAGUAACAACAAAAGGGCUCUUCUGAACCAGUCACACGAAUUACAUAGCCAGUUGGAGAAGUCCAUGAAGUGGUGCGAUGAAGGAAUUUACUUGCUGGCUUCACAGCUUGUAGAUAAAUGCCAGUCCCAAGAUGGAGCAGAAUCAGCUUUACAAGAAAUAGAGAAAUUUUUGGACACUGCAGCAGGCAAUAAACUCAAGGAGCUGAAUGACUUGUAUAAAGAAUAUGAAGUUGUCCUUAACCAAGACUUAAUGGAGCAUGUGCAAAAAGUAUUUCAGAAGCAGGAGAGCAUGGAAGAAAUGUUUCGAAAGAGACAAGUCAGUCUUAAGAAACUGGCUGCUAAGCAGAUGCGCCCUGUUCAGCCAGUGGCACCUAGGCCAGAGGUCUUUGUAAAAUCACAGUGUGGGUCUCCAGGCCUUCAAAGAGAAUCUGAAGACUCAUCCAGCCCGGAAAAUCACACCCAGAGAGUGAACUACAGAAGAGACAAGAAUGAAAUGAAUGAAAUCCACCAAACAAGAGGUGGAUCAGUGAUGGAGGAUGAUGAAAAUCUAGCUGUGUUACGAAAACAUGUAAUUAAUGAACUUAUUGAAACUGAACGAGCUUAUGUGGAAGAACUUCUGUGUGUUCUUGAAGGGUAUGCUGCAGAAAUGGACAACCCCUUAAUGGCACAUCUUAUUUCACCAGGGCUGCAGAAUAAGAAAGAUGUUUUGUUUGGAAAUAUGGAAGAAAUCUAUCACUUUCACAACAGAAUAUUCUUGAGAGAACUAGAAAACUACAUAGAAUAUCCAGAACUGGUAGGAAGGUGUUUCCUUGAAAGGAUGGAAGACUUUCAGGUUUAUGAAAAAUAUUGUCAAAAUAAGCCUCGAUCUGAAAGUCUGUGGAGACAGUUCUCAGACUCUGUUUUCUUUCAGGAGUGUCAGAAAAAACUUGACCACAAGCUGAGUUUGGAUUCCUAUUUGCUGAAACCUGUUCAAAGAAUAACCAAGUAUCAGCUAUUGCUAAAGGAAAUGUUGAAAUACAGCAAAAAUUGUGAAGGGGCUGAAGAUCUCCAAGAGGCAUUAAUGUCAAUUCUGGGAAUUCUUAAAGCAGUUAAUGAUUCCAUGCAUCAGAUUGCCAUCACUGGCUAUGAUGGAAACCUAAAUGAACUAGGAAAGCUUUUAAUGCAAGGAUCCUUUAGUGUGUGGACUGAUCAUAAAAAGGGUCACUCAAAAGUGAAAGAUCUGGCACGGUUCAAGCCAAUGCAGAGGCACCUCUUUCUCCAUGAGAAGGCCAUCUUAUUCUGUAAAAAGAGAGAAGAAAACGGAGAAGGAUAUGAAAAAGCACCUUCAUACAGCUAUAAGCAUUCCUUAAAUAUGACUGCAGUUGGAAUAACAGAGAACGUUAAAGGUGAUGCCAAAAAAUUUGAAAUCUGGUAUAAUGCAAGGGAAGAAGUUUACAUAAUUCAGGCUCAGACCCCCGGAAUCAAAGCCACCUGGGUAAAUGAAAUUAGAAAAGUGUUGACCAGUCAACUUCAGGCAUGCAGACAAGCCAGUCAGCAUAGAGUUCUGGAACAUACAAACAGUUUACCUCUGCCUGCGUCAUCUAAUACAAGUCCUUCAAGAAAUCAAGGAAGAAGCAUCAAAAAACAGGAAGAAAGAAAUGUUGAUCACGUAAGUCCUGAUGGUUGUGUCACCUCAGUAUCACCAAAGUAUCCUGAAAGAGGCAAAGAAGAUACAAUCACUAGUCCUACCUCAGAUUGCUCAGCUCUUUCAAAAAAAUGCUUGACAUUGCAAAGUUUUCCGAACCCCAAAACUCAGAAAGCCUCCCCUUCCAGCCCUGACAAAAAUACUAAACGGCAUGAAGUUAAGAGUGAUCCAACUCCUUUGGGUUUAAGAGGCUGGUCUAAAACAUUGCAAUCCCUUGACGCUUCUGAAGAAAAUGAUGGCUGGUCAAGUGCUGAGGACCCACUGAACUCUUCAGAUGCAGAGGAAGAAGGAAGAGGAGAAAAAAAGCUGACUCCAGGUAAAUACACUGUUGUAGCUGAUUUUGACAAAGGAGGUUCUGAAGACAUGGUGCUGAAGAGUGGAGACUUAGUUCAGCUGAUUCAUGAAGGAGACAAUGGGCUUUGGUAUAUUAAGAAUCUGAGCACGAGUAAAGAAGGUUGGUUCCCAGUGAAUAGUCUUUUGAUGCUUCUUGGCAACUCAAAAUCUGCUGUCUCUCUGAGCAGUUCAGAAUCUGCAGCUGGUUCAAGUACAUUGAGCUCAUCUUCAAGCUACAGUGAAAGUUGCAACAUUAGUAGCACCAGCUACACAGACAUUAAAGCAUAACCUUAGAAUUUCCAUCAAGAUUCUCCUGAAAUUAUCAUCUUGUAUUGAAAGUAUUGGACAUUAGAUGAAAUAUAGAAGCACCAGACUUGUGUCUCUUGUGGUUUGUUUCCCAUGUUUAAAUGGUAGUUUACAAAGUCUUCUUAAAGAAACCCAAAUGAACGUACAAGGAAUUUGUCCAGAGCAUGUGGUAAGAAGAAUUGCUCAAAAGGAAGUCUUUGGAAGUUGCAUGUUGGAAACAUCAUUUUGCUAGAACACAAUGUACCUUGGGUGCUGUGGGAAAAUACUAUGAAAAGACCAGAUUGUAUUUGUUGGUGUAAAUAUGUUCAAUAAAAAAGUAUGAGAUUAAUGCAUACAAAAAAAAGAGAAAAGAGAAAACUGAUCUUUAAACAGAAGACUCAUGUGGUUGAUGUAUAAUGUAUGGAAGCUCUAAUACCAUAAUGGGAUUCAGUUUUGAUCUGGUUAUUCUUUUGGGGGGGUUUAAACCACUGUGCUUUACCUCACCAUAGACUUUGUCACAAGCAAAACUAUGGGGGGAAAUGAACAAUUCCAUUUGAAUAGAGACAAUAUCUUUAACAAUCGCCAUUUUGAGAGGGUUUUUUUUAAAUCUCUAAACCAAAUUCUAAAACAAUGAUAAUUGUUUACAGAAUGCUGGCAAUUUGAUAAGUACUUUGAUAAAAACAAAUCCUAUUUUUAAUAAUGAAGAAAAACACUGAAAUAUGUUUUAUAUUAAAUGUUUUCCCAACAUUAUCCAAUACUAUACACUUGUCAUAAGCACUUAGAAGAUAGCCCCAAGCUAAUAAAUGAAACUAUUCUAAUUAGCCCUUUAAACUCCUUUCUGCUAUUAAAGAUUAAGAACUUUGUUUUUUAAAAAAACCUAUUACAAUAAGGUUUUUUUUAAAUGAAGUCAUAAACUUUUUGUGUUUAUCAUGUGAAAUAAAGUAAUGCUGUAUAUAAAUUACUCCCUCUCAAAUCCAUUUUACAAAUGUAAACAGUUUAUCAAUUCAUUUAUAUAAAGUUGGAUUCUCCCACAUUUCAUAUACUUGUGAAUUUGCUUAAAAGUUACGUACGUUGUACUUCAUUCGUAUAUUAUAUAGCAAAAUACCACUUGAGGGUGAGUGCUUGACGUUCAGCACUUAGGAAAAUGAGGCAAUUGCAGUCUGGCAAGAAAUAAUAAAUGUGACCUUUUUAAGUCUAAACAAUGUCUUCGAUAAUCAGCUUAGGGUUCCAAAUGCCGGAAACCACUCUGGGCUCACAAUUACAAUCAAGCUAUGGUCAGUCCAAAUUUUUAUGUGUAUCUGUCUGUUUAUAUGUAUGUGUGUAUGUAUUGAUGUAAAAAAAGAUGUAUUUAUACUUUUCAGGCUGCUGUAAAUGCCGUUAUGUAAUUAGAGUUUUUGGAAAGGCAGCAAUGUGGAUGCUGCCCAUGGCUUUACUUUAAACCUAGUUUCUGACGCAGGACAAUGAUCUCUUCUAGCUGUGUUAUGCAAAUAAGACUGCGACGGUCCAAGGCACAGUCUGUUCUAUUGUGAUAAUUAAAAUAGCAAUAGUCUUUGUAACUUAUUUUGUAAAUACAAGUGUUACAAAAAUAUUCAUCUAUAUUGCUCCAAAAAUUGUCCUUUGAUGAAACACUGGAUGCAGCCCUGAGGAUCUGACUGCACACCGGGACACACAGGGGACUUUUCUUCACAUUCUUGCCAUUCCAUGUGAGGAGCCUAACAAACAAUAAGCUACUUUUUUGCAGAGUUUUUUAUUACUUCUUUGUCUCAUGUGAAGGGGAAAUACUGGGGAGGAAGGACUGUGGAGAAGGCCCUUGUCUCAAGUCCUGUGCCUUUUCUCCUAACUCCUGACAAUGUCUUCUCCUAUUAAUCACAGGAUCAUGUACCAUUGCACUUUAAUACAGCCCAUAUUUCAAUUUAUUACUGCUGUUGUAAAUUACUACUGCAGAAUCAAAUGUCUUUAAUGUAUGUAUGAAACUUUGAAUAAAUUUCAGCGUUUCUUGCUGGC